CGAUCGUCUGGUAGACGUUACAAAAGGAGUGUGUGAGAGAGUAUUGGACAGAGUAUUUCAGUCCAAAAACGUGGAGGAGAACUCUAAGUGAUCGAUAGAGAGGAAAGCAAUCUUCAGCUGCAUGUUCAUUUCCUUCAUACGUCCACUUAAUUAUGGCGGCCGUUUCUUUGUCGAAUUGCUUGACACUCAAUUUGUACGAAUGCUGCUCCCAGUUCUAGGGAGUCAAUGAAAAUUGAUGGACAGCAGGUUGACUGUUACAUUGGGAGCAUAAUAGAAGCAGCCACAUCAAGCUUGCGGGACAUUGUUGUAAGGGUAUCAAGCAGCACUGAACAGUCAGAGAAAGAUUUUGGUAUUAGUAGUGCAUCAUCACUAAAUGUCUGUGGAAUCUUGACAUCAUCCUAUAAUGAAGUGACUCCAAGUGAGAGUCUUACUGCAGUCUGUGAGCCUGAGGGAGGAACUCCAGUUCCAGCUCAGAAAUAUGAGGCACUUGAUGCCCCCAGUCAAGAAGUGCCUGUUCAGGAGAGCUCUGACCCCCCUAUUGAUCAACCUCCCCAGUUCCCAUCAUCACCUGAGCCCAGUGGAAAGAAGAUCAAAUCCUGCUGGUUCAAAUGGCGAUGAAAGUCUUCAGUAGUUACACCAACAACAGAGGAUACUGAGAAAG